AUCUUAAUUCUCCGCCGUGUACCCUUGAAAUUUCUAUUCGAACUCGUCAUCAAGUUAUUAGUAGUACAAAAAAUGAUCUUGUGUUCCCCUUUGGUCGCCGCAGAACCACCUCCGGGGUCGCCGGCUGUGUGUUCUGCCGGCGUUUGUCAGUAGAAACUUUUGUUAUGUACGAAUCCGUUGCUUACAUAUAGACACACGCAUGGGCAUAGGCGCGCAGUGGCUGAAAUCACAAGCUGAGAUUAUUAUUUUGCUCGUAAUCUCCGGCCUUGUGUUGCCGUUGGUUGAAUGAAGUGUGAGGUUUCCUUUCUUGUGGCGUUCAUGAAUCAAGAUAGGGAUAUGACUUGUUACCGAAAUGACUAAAUUGUAUGGUUUAUGGCAGGAAGAUAAAAAUAUUACGCACAUAAUCUGUUUUCAUUUUUCACCAAUAGAUUGCCAUGAAACUCAGGAUACUUAAUCUAUCUGAUAAAAAGGCCUGUUCAACAAAUUAGCUGAAAGUUCAUUUUGUUCGUUGUCGCCAUGCUAGUAGAUACAGAUAGUAAUUUAAGGGCUAAGCUGCAAAACAAGAGAUGGAUGGCAAAAAGAAGAGGAACAGGAAGAAGAAGGGAAACCAAGGGAAGAAUACUGGUGAUGCGGUGACCAAUGCCGAUGAAGCUGUUCCUCAGAGCCACAAUGAUGAUUUGGCUCCAAAAGAAAAUUAUAGUGGUGCCGAUGCAGAUGAUGCAGUGUCCAGUGUUGGAGAUGCAGUGUCCAGUGUUGGAGAGGGAACACAGUACCAGAAUCACGAGCAGAUUCCACAUGCAAAGCACAAUAUUGCAAACGCUGAUGAAACCAUAUCGUCGUCUGUUGGUGAGGUGAUUCCAUGCGAUGAGAAUCACGAACCUACCAUGACACACGAGAGUCACAAGGUCAGUAAUACAGCCUACGCAGAUCAGAGGAGCAUUGGGAUUUCAGAUUCUACCGUGGAACUUGGCAAGGACCGACUUUUUGAAUCAAAGCUUGAGAAAUUACACGAUACAAUAAAGCAAUUGGAAGAUGAGAAAGGUUUAUGGCUUCAAAAAGUGAACAAGAUGGAGAGCGAACUUGAAAAGUUGCAUAACAAAGUGGGUUAUCAUGCACAAAAUGAGGUCAUUUUGGAGGAAAAACUUAAUAAUCUACAGAAUGGGUACGAUAUGCUGGUUAAAAAGGAGGAGGUUUUGGAUAACAAAGUCAAGUGCGUUGAGGAUGUCAAUGGUGUCCUAACUCAUCAGGAGACUUCUCUUAAAGAAAGAUUAAGUUUGCUGGAGGAAACCAACAAAGCAUUACAGGAGCAGGUGAAGGUAUUGGAUGAAACUUCAAAAAGUACUGUUGAGGAAAAUCAGCGGUUGGUGGUAAGUGUGGAUGAAUUGGAGUCAAGAUUACAAACCCUUGAAGCAAAGAUUGCACUUACUGAAGCCUCCAUUACUAAAGAGGUUCCUGAAACUGAGGUGAUGAAUCAAACAGAUCUGGCCGGUUCAUUUCUCCAUAAGCAGACCACUGAUUUUACGACCGUGAUGAGUAAAGGUAACGAACCUACUGCUGAUAGAGGUCUGAACAGUUCGCUGGCAGUUACUUCGGACAAUAUCUACAGUCAUGUCAGCAACAUUCCUGUCGGUGCCUAUGCUAGUGAUCAUGCAGAUGAAACUUUGGUGUACUUUCCAGAAGCAACGAGCAGCAAUGGUGCUGGCCAGAGCCUCAUGAAUGCAAAUGCGCGCCAAGGAUUUGAUGAACCAAGAACAAGUGGUGAAAUCGUGCCGGUUCCGUUGGAUGAUAUACUGAUUCAUGAAGAUGAUCCACAGCCAGCGGGAUCAGAUGUUGAGACAGCUGAGGAGGUUCCAUUCACCGAUGCCCCCAUUGUUGGCGCACCCUUCCGGUUGAUCUCGUUUGUUGCUAGGUAUGUCAGUGGUGCAGACUUGGUGAACCAAAAGUAACUCUACAUCUGCCCAUCGGGCUGCUCGAGAUCUGUGUGCUGGAAAGAGGAGUCCUGUUUUUUGUUGCACUGACAUAGUUUUCAGUAAGCUUUUGGAACUUCUUCGUAACAUUAAGAUGGUGGCGAAUAUGUUGGACGGGUGCAUUGGAUUCUGCAGAGAUAUGGAUGCUAUGGUGAUUAGUGGCGGUGCUUGCUGCCGAUAGAUUUUUCUUCCUCCCCUGUAAUUUUAUCAGGGGCGUGAGAAGUUAUUGUUCCCGGUUUAUACAAGAGGGCUUUGUCUGACCAUGUGAGAAGCUGUACUGGCCAGAUUUAUGUUAUAGUAACAUCUGAAAUGUUGGUAUGCCUUGUAUUCUCUGAAUUCUGGUAUGUGGGUGAUACGGCCACCUUGAUUGGUUAUUACUCCCUCCGUUCUACUGUAAGUGUUAAGUGUCGCUGAUGUAGUGCAAGACACUUAUACUAUGGAAUGGAUGGAGUUUUUGCA